AAGGCUAACGAGUGCCUGACAGCCCAAAUCCGGGACUUAAAUAUCCCACAAUUCCAGCGUGUUUGAUUAUUAGACAGUUGUUUGACCAGCGCGACUCGUGGAGAUUUGUCCUCACUCAGAUUGAAGGUAGGCUUCAGAGAUCAUUAUCGAUUAGAGUCGAUUUGAGUUGAAAAAGAUGUGGGCUUCAGAUCUGCUCCUGAAAGUCUCCUUCUUGGUAGUGUGUCAAGCUGCUGCUGGCCGGGCUCAGACCAACCUAAGCAGCAUGCUGGCACCGCAGGCGGACCGGGUCAUGAACCUCAGCGAGUGGGAGCAGCGCUGGCAGGACAACCGGAUCGGCUUCCAUCAGCCUCAAGUGCACAAGAUGCUGGAGAGCCACAUCGAUAAAGUUCUCAACGGGCGAUCGGGAGUUCGCUUCUUCUUCCCUCUGUGCGGCAAAGCUGUAGACAUGAAAUGGUUAGCAGACAUGGGUCACUCUGUGGUCGGGGUGGAGAUUUCUGAAAAAGCCAUCCGACAGUUCUUCGAAGAGAACAACAUGACGUACAGCGAGGAGCCCGUGCCUGCGAUAUCGGGGGCAAAGGUUUUCAAGAACUCAGAGAAAAACAUCUCGUUGUAUCAGUGUGACAUGUACAGCUUCUCCAGUGCCAUUGACGGUCAGUUCGGAGCCAUCUGGGACAGGGGCUCUUUAGUGGCCAUCAACCCUCAAGACAGAGAAAAGUAUGCUGCUCUCAUUAUUUCUCUGAUGGCCGAAGACUGCAGAUACCUUCUGGACACUUUGUUGUAUAAUCCUGAGUUAUAUCCAGGUCCUCCGUUUUUUGUGCCUGACGAGCAAGUACACAGUCUGUUUGGAAGCCGCUGUGACAUUGAGACUCUGCAGUCGGUGGAUGCUAUGACAGACAGACAGCGAGAAUGGGGACUCGACUACCUGAAGGAAGCCGUGCACCUGAUCACCAUGAAGAGCAGCUGAAUACAAUGAAGUGUGGAAGUCUUUUGGGAAUCCUUCAAGAGUUAUUAAAAUUAAAGAAAAUUAAAGUGGAAUUGAAUGUCAAUU